AUGACUUCGGGCAUGACACGCUCCACGACGAAGACGCAGAUAUCGUGGUACACGAUUACGCAUACUAUCCCUCCACAAUUUACGACCCCCCUCCUUAUUCCACCUACUAUUCCAGAAGUCGUCGUCACGAGAUCGCCGAUACGCAUUCCAAGGAAGCCGCUCCCUCCUCCAAAGUAUUCCCCUCCACCACCGCCACUACCUCCAGUCGAAGGAAACCAGGAAUUCAUCCCGGACUACACAUACACCGAGGAAAGAAGCCUCGUGGAAACCCCAUCCUCAAAGCCUUCCCCCAAAUUCAUAUCGAAGCACAAGACCAAGCUACUCCACCUCACUUCGAAAGCGACCACCGUAGCUACUGCCUUCACUUCCACCCGUGGUUCUCUUCUCAGCUCUUCCUCCUCCAGAUCUGGGCCCUCCCCUCCUAGUGUUGUAUAUACCGUCGACACUCUGGUGGAAGCCUCUGCAGAGAACCCACUUCCCAAGUCUGCGCUCCAAUCCGCACUCGCGGCCGGUGGUAAAGCGGCUACUUCAUCGUUCUUUGGCGACGACUUUGCCGAAAAGUCAAACAAGCGCAAAGUCGUGUCGAUUGUUGGGAAAGCGCGCUUGGGUGCGCCGGGAUUAGCGGCUGGUGUUGCUAAGGCUGUUGUCGUUGGUGGCGUCGAGGGAGGUAAAGUGUUUGUGAAAGAGGGUGGGAUGAAGAAGAAGGAGAAGAAAGAGAAGGUGUACUAUCUCUGAGCUGAGACUGGAUGAGCGGCGUGGAGUGAUUGCUUGCAUUGGAGUGUAGUCUCGGGCCUCGGGAGGUGCUUGAGACGUUUGGAUAUUUUUUGUGGGGUUUGAGUAAUUGUGCCUUGAUCUUAUUCUUCAGCUUCGGGUGAUUGUAAUGGUUUUCAGAUCCUUUAUCGGUGAGUUUUGUCUU